AUGCUGCCCCCCAGUGGCCUCGCCUGGUGGUGUCAUUCCUGUGUAAAGGAUGACAGUAUUUUCACUGUGGAGGUUUAUUUGCUUUUUUUUCCAGAUGUAAGAUAAUUUCUCAGAGUUCCUUUUUUAUUUUGCAGGACAUGAGUCCUAAUAAGCAUCCGGCUUCUUGUUUGUUGUCUCACUUCACACUCUUGACUCAGCAUAUUUAGAGCACCCCUCCCUCUGACUGUGUAAUUUGAGGCCAUGUCUGAGUGGGAAGAAUACGCACAUAGCUUGUUAUGUCAGAUAAAAGCUUCUCCUUGCUUAUGAAUUAUUAAUGCUGCUGCUGGAAGGGGUACACUUUGCAUCUCCCUGCAUGCCAGCUUGCAGUUUUUUCCCCCCUAACUCAGACAAACAUGACGUGCUGUGCUGGUCACGUUGAGGUAUCACUCUUUUGCAGCCUGAACGUGAACACUAGAUGGUGUACUCGCAUCAAAGACUGAUGCCGCUUCUCAACCCAGAAAUCAGAAGGUACUUUGUGCUUUGUUCAUUUGUCAUUUUGUGUUCGGCCAACACUACAGUAUCAUCUCAGGCUGGAGUGACCCGCGGUGCAUUUAACAUUUAAAAAUUACAAUUAAACAACAAAACGAGAGAAAAUGAAACAUGAGUUGAAAUCUUGAUGAUGAUGAUGAUAAUACACUAAGUCCCCUACUAACGAACAUCCGACGUGCGAACACUCGUAGAUACGAACACAAGCCGACUGGUCUAUUUUUUCAUGUGUUUUGCCUUAUAAGCCCAUAAUUAUUUAUAUUUAAGUCCAUAUUUCACAUGCUUGACCAGUAGAGGGCACUGUGACACUGCUAAUGGGACCAACAGGCGAUUAAGACCAGUGGGAGGAGACUGAAGAAAAGCUAAAUUGUAGCUGUACAUGCAACCCGACACAGCUUGCGAUUAAAGUUUAUGAAGAGUUAAUAGGCCUGCUUAAUUCUACACCACCCACGGAACACUACCUCUUUUGGAAGAGUCUAACGACGACGAUUUGUCCUUUUUUCAAUAUCUCCGCCUCCUCCUCCUCCACCACCGACGUGUGCUUGACCACUCCUCUUCAAAGGUAAAUAACAUUUAUCAUUACGUAUUAUUAUAUCAUUUUUAUUAUUGUUUUUUUCAUUAAUUAUCCUCGUUUAAUAUUACUACUGCAUCCAAACUCAUAUUUCCAUACAUACGCAUAUACUGUAUAUGUAUACACGUACAUGUAGUACCUAUAUCAUUGGUGAUAUUACCUUUUCCCCUACUUAAGAAUGAUUCGACUUAAGAACGGUCGUCUGGAACCAAUUGUGUUCGUAAGUUGGGGACUUAGUUUAAUAAUAAGACUAAUAAUGAUAAUACUCUUUGCCACCAAUAGCACACAUUUGAGUUGUGGGCUGUAAAGAAGAGUAAACUUAAAUAAAAAAAGUGACAUUUAAAAAAAUAAAAAAAGUGACAUUUGAAUCAGUGCAGACCACAUGUUGGAUGGAGGAGUCAUUCUAGAUCAGGGGUGUCCAGAGUCCGGCCAAGGGGGCCAUUUGCGGCACACAGGUGAUGGUCACGACACUCCAGUGUGGUUGAGCAAGUCUUGUGAUUACAGGGCAAAAUUGCUUUUUUAAUAAAUAUAUGGGAGAGCGCGUGCCUCGUGCUACGUCUCUACCCUCACCUAUAGCCAUGAGCUUUGGGUAGUAACCGAAAGGAGAAGAUCGUGGGUACAAGCGACUGAAAUUAGUUUUCGCCGUAGGGUGGCUGGGCUCUCCCUGAGAAAUAAGGUGAGAAGCACUGUCAUCCGGGAGAGACUCAGAGUAGAACCGCUGCUCCUCCGGUAGCUCGGCCGUCUGGUCAGGAUGCCUCCCAGGCGCCUCCCUGGGGAGGUGUUCAGGGCACAUCCGGGAGGAGGCCCUAGGGAAGACCCAGGACAUGCUGGAGAGACCAUGUCCCUCAGCUGUCUUGGGAGCGCCUCGGGGUCUGCCAGGAGGAGCUGGGGAGAGGUAAUAAUACGCUUUGUCACCUGUAAUAUAAAGCUAAGUUGCAGGCUGUUUUAUGUAUGACUUACUAGCAGAGCUGCAAAUUUAAAAGGAUCAUCCUUUUGAUUUUUCAGUAUGUGGCCAUUGGUGGAAAAACUUGGAACACCCCUGUUCUAUGUAAGAAGAUUUGGGAGUGGCUUUCGUGCAUAGCUCUCUCCAUCCUCCAGAUGGCAGUCCAGUCUCAUUAUACAAAAAUACUGGCACACUUCCUAUCUGUCCCCCCCCCACAAAACCUCCACUGUGCCCCACCCAAAAUUCAGUUAGUUACUAGGCAUGAAAAAAACAUCUUGUAGUGAUGCUGCAUUGCAUUUCUUCUCUUAGAAAUAUUUGAAUUGAUGAGAAGACAGCAAGCUUGCAGAAGCUGUCUUAUACUUUGUGUUCACUGCAAUUUAAGGUUGUGGCUCUGGAGUUGCAUCUGGAAGGUUAGUCAAGUAAUAAGAGAUGUUUUUAUUUUUCCUCUCCCAGAAGAAUGAUGGAUGGAUGGAGGGUCUGUGUGUAAAUGUCUUGCAGGCCGCAGCCCUCAGGGAUCUGCUGCUUGGAUCCCAGACAGUGAGUCAAUAUGCCCUCCUUAAUGAUUCCCCAACAUCCUUAAGGAGGAGUUAGAGGACCGUCAAGGACGUGAUGAGGACGAGGGCGGAGCGCUUGCUUACUGCACGGUGCUGAAUGCGCUACGUGAAACAUUACAUUAGUUGUGUAACUUUGACAGUUAAGAAGAUGAAACUCCAGUUCUCAUCGUUUUGUUUGUGAAUCAAUGAAGACUGCCGCUUGAUGCUGACUGUGUGUGCCUGUUGCCAUGGUUUCCAACUUUUGGCAGGUGUCAACCAAAAAGAGGGGCUUAGCUAAGGAUGAAGCACACCAUCCACCCCCCCACCUCCCCUGCUUUCAUCCGCUCUGCCACGUUGGUCCAAGUGCUCGCGUCUCCCGGUGCCGGAAUGUUUAGCAUGGCCAUGUGGUUGCCAUGGCGAGGCGAGACAGCUGAUGUCGCUUGUAGUGAUUCGGUCCCCUUGUGGUAUUGUUUUGAUUUGGGCGGGGGAGGGGGAAUUAGUGGAUGUUUACGUGGGUGCAGCCAUACAGAAAGGCGUGGCCCACGAGGUAAUUGAGUUCACCCCCCGAGCCAUUUUGGUCAGCUGACUGAGAUUGGCAUGAGACAUUGGGGGUUGGGUGGGGGAGCAUGCCAGCCCCAAUGGGUAGUGCUCCCCCGUUUCCUGCCUGUCGGGUCGGGGCUCUGUCAGCGAGCUCCAGCGGGUCCAGGUCUGGCUGAGUGGGCUAAUGCGAUGUGGCGUGUCACCCGGGGAAUCUGGGUCAAGUUUAAAGCUGCCUGUGCCGCAGUGUGACGCUCCGCAAUCCCUCCCACUGCAAUCACGCACACAUGCCGUUGCACCUCCGCCGCUAUCUUUUCAUUUUCAAAUUAUUACAAGCCGUGCAUUUUCCUGUUGCUGUGAACAUGCAUGCAAUGCCAUGCUUGCAUGCAUGCAUGCAUUCUCUCCACACCCCAGGCAAGAGCGCUCAGCCUCUCCACGGCGGGACCCACGUGAUGCUCCGGGCCGGGGAGGGGCGGUUGUUUUUCUUGCGCGGUGAAGCGGCGGGGGCACGUGGAUCCUCACGCUGCAGCUGAGUAGUGGAAUGUCAGCACUCGCCCACCGAGCGCUUUGUCGCAGUGCUCCAUUUCAGAGGCGCCCUGCCUGUGGGUGUGUUUACGACCGGGAUGCAGAGUGCAAGGCGGUGCCAUGUAGGGGUCAGGAUGCUGCAUGGGCGUGGCCCUUGCUUCAAAAUAACCUUUGCAGUAUUUUGGCAUCAUGUCAUGCCAGCUAAAUGUACAGUAUAUGAUUUAAUUCAGAUCACUAUUUAUAUAUCUUUUGCUAGGCUGCUAAUAAAAACGUAAUCAAAUUAAAACAGCAGUGCCCUGCUAUUCCCCUCCCCGACUAAUCUGCUGUUUUUGGCGCAUUACCUCAUCUGUAUUAACAUAUUCAUGUGCUUUCAAGUCCUACUACUACUGUACUCGCUGCUCCCUGGGCUCAUGCCGCCCUCUCAUUGGCUGCCGCAAUGUUUUCAAUGGCACCAAAAAAAAAAGUGUUUUGGGCUCCAUGGAUACAGUGAGCAGUCGGGUAGAUCGGCCUCAGCCAAUGGGAGCGCUGCGCGGGCUCCUGCCUGUCAGAUUCUGCCCCCCCCACCCGGCCUUAGAAGCAGUCACCCCCACUCCCGCCUCCGUCACUGAGAGCACGCGAUUGCUCGGUGGGGGGUUCAAAACAACAACAAGGAGGCUGUCGGCCUCUCGGUGGUGCCCAGGUCGUGCAGGCUUGGUACUAGGGCUGCUUGAGCCCCGCUGUGUUCCUCUAAAAACAUGUUUUCAAUUCAUCAGCAGUCUAGUAUUAACACAUUUCUCUGAAAUAACACAAAUGAAUGCUGGUUUUUCUCUCCGAGAUUCUCUGGUGGACUUCAAAAGUGGGCCACACAAAUCCCUGUCCGUAUUAUGACCUCCUUUCCGUCAGCGCAGGGGAGUGGCACCGUGCCCACAAGGCCACCAGCGCCCGCUGCCCCGUUGCCUCUGCCAGCCGCAGCCGACUCAGCCCCUAGGUAUCAACAUGGGGAACCUUCUGAAGGUUUUGACCUGCACAGAUCUGGAACAGGAGCCCAAUUUUUUCCUGGAUUUUGAAAACGCACAGCCCACAGAUGCCGAGCGAGAGGUGUGGGAGGAGGUGGACGUGGUGCUGAAGGAUGCCAAGGCCAUUCUGGACGAGCUGCAAGCCUACAAAGGAGCCGGGCAGGAGAUCAGAGAGGCCAUCCAGAACCCAAAUGAUGAGGCGCUGCAGGAGCAAGCGUGGACGGCGGUGGUCCCCCUAGUGGGGCGACUGAAGAAGUUCUACGAGUUCUCCCAGCGAUUAGAGGCGGCGCUGCGCAGCCUGCUGGGCGCCCUGACCAGCGAGACGUACGCCGACCCCACGCAGCACCUGGAGCGGGAGCAGGCGCUCGCCAAGCAGUUUGCCGAAAUCCUGCACUUCACCCUCCGUUUUGAUGAGCUGAAAAUGACAACUCCGGCCAUUCAGAAUGACUUCAGCUACUACAGAAGAACACUGAGUCGCAUGCGCAUCAACAAUCUACCGGCGGAGGGUGAGAACGAAGUCAACAACGAGCUGGCCAACAGAAUAUCGCUCUUCUACGCCGACGCCACGCCCAUGCUGAAGACGCUGAGCGACGGCACCACCAGAUUUGUGUCUGAGAACAAGAACCUGCCUAUCGAGAACACCACAGAUUGCCUAAGCACGAUGGCGAGCGUGUGCAAAGUCAUGCUGGAAACUCCGGAAUACCGCAGCCGUUUCGCCAGCGAGGAGACGGUGUCCUUCUGCCUGCGGGUGAUGGUGGGCGUCAUCAUUCUCUACGACUACGUUCACCCCGUUGGCGCCUUUGCCAAGUCGUCAAAGAUCGAUAUGAAGGGCUGCAUCAAAGUGCUGAAAGAUCAGCCUCCCAACAGUGUGGACGGCCUCCUCAACGCUCUCAGGUACACCACCAAGCAUCUUAAUGACGAAUCCACCAACAAGACCAUCAAGCUGAUGCUGCAGUAGCACCAGGCUAGCGGGAGGGAGGGGACACGCCACUCGCCGGACCAGUACCGGCCCACGGAAUGUCAUUUCUCUUUUGGUUCUUUUUCUAAUAGAAAAAGAGCUACAGCUCCGCCCUCUUCAUUUUUUUUUCCUUUUUAAUAACGCAAAAUGCUACUGCCGUCAUGAACGUCUUUUUCCGUGCCAAAAAGAUGAGCUCCGAUGUUUCCCCCGCAAAAGAGCCAUGCAACGAUGGCAGCUGACGGAAACACUGGAGCUCCUUUUUAAAACCACUCCCUCUUUUUAACAGACGGGUGUGCUUUGACUUGAACAUUUAAAAGAGAGAAAUAUAUAGAGAAGUAUAUAUUAUUUUUGUUUGACUUGUUAUUUAAUAUGACGUCCUACUGCAUGAGAAAUGAUUCUUUUUCUCCCCCCCCCAUCUAUUUAAAAAAAAAAAAGAAAAAAAAAGCAAGCCGUUUGAUUUUGUCUGCGCUGUUGUGUGCUGUCACUGAAAUGGUACUUUGCUGCAAGGAGACUCAAGAGUACUGUUUUUUGAAAUAUUUUUUAUAGCUAUUCAUUAAGUAAGUUGUGCAUUAUGUCCUCUCUUUUCAUAGAUGUUUUAUUAUGUUUUGGCAGACUGUUAAAACUGUGAUGUGUGCAAAAUGAAAAGUGGAUGCAGGAAUUAAAAGGAGAACUUUUGUUUUUCUACGCGACAGUUUGUUGGAACAUUUCUUUACGGUCCAGCAACGUGUCCCGGCAGCUUGUUUGAGCGCCACAUGUAUCGUCUCCCUCGCUUGUUUGCCCCACGUUUUGAAGUUCCAGGUUUUCAGGACGCCAUGAACGAAAAACUGCAUUACCCAGGCUUCGCUACACGCCUUAAAAUAACGCUCUGCCGACUAUCUGUCAGCCAGCUACAGACGUGGGCGCGGUAAGUCUGAUCUUUUUGGUUUUUCUUCAGCGAAUAGGCUAACCUAGCAUGAUGUUGGUGUUAAAAUGUAAUGUUAGCACCUUAGCAUCACAUAGCUAUGCUAGUGUUGCUAACGUUUCAGUCAUCCAGUCCCACUCUUUACUUGCUGUAUACGGCAUCUAUUAUGUUGGACAAGUGUCACAGUGAAUAUGGAAAAAUUGGAUCAAGUACACAACAGCGCUUCUAAGAGACACACAAAACCGCCGAAAUGACAGCAUCAAAGCUAGAUUUUCCCUUCCGAUACAAAAUUGUGGGACCUGACACUUUAGAAUUGUCAAGACAAAAAUACUAUAACAUGGCGUCAUUUAGGGAGUCGUUUCUUUAAGGCAGGGGUGUCCCAAGUGUGUCCCGCGGCACAUUCUAAAAAUACAAUUUAGCAAGAAAACCCCAGCACUCAUUUUACCAGAAAAGGCCAAAUAUUACAAGAAAGAAAGUUAUUAUCCAACAAGAAAAAGUCCUAAUUGUAUGAGAAUAGCAUAAAAUAAAAAUGAAAUAUUAUACAAAAAAUGUUUUUGUAAAAG